CUGCUGCUAAAUCGUGAAUUAUGAAGCAUGGUGUUCGGUUUUGGAAGAAGAAGCUUGGACGCACUCCAGAGCAUCGUAAGGACUUGUUGCGUAACAUGAUGACUGAGCUCAUUCAUCAUGAACGGAUCACUACCACUGUUGCAAAGGCUACAUUUGUCAAGCACGAACUCGAGGCAUUGAUCAACAGAGCAAAAAGAGGAACCAGCGAGGACUGGCAGUUUGCUAGAGACUCUCUUCGGUCACAAGAAAUUGUUGUUCCAAAAUUGAUGCAGGUGCUUACUGAGCGAUAUCGUAACAUUCAUGGCGGCUAUAUGCGCAUUGUUCGCAAUGGUUACAAUUCACCUGGCAGUGAUCGUGCACCAAAAGCCAUUAUAGAGCUAGUGAAUAACCCUAACGAUCUUGUGUAUGGAUCCGCCAAAGUGUUUGGUGACAAGGUUCUUCAGCAGCUGCAUAAGGUUGAGGGAGCCAAAUACAGACGCGACACUAUCAAACUAGUUGACCCAGUUACCGGCAAGGAGAUGAGUGUGUUUAAACUCACGGAGCGCACAGAGAUGAGUGGCAGAGAAAAACAUAAGCUAACGCUCAAGGAAGUCGGCAUUUAUAAGCAGUUGAUAAAAAUGCGUCAGAGUUUGCAAUCGUAUCCAAAAUCUCGCGCAGCUGAUAUUCGAAAUGCCCAUCUGAUUCCCAGACUAGAGUUUUUUGAACGGCAACAUAGAUAUCAAUCGGAGGUGGACGAGGUUCGUAAAAAAAACAGGAACCCAAGUCCUAAAUACCUUGACACUAUUGGUAAGCAUGGGUUUACAGUUACAGACACGUUCAAGGUUGUUCCCAAGGAAGGUGUAGUAGCUCCUGCCGAAUUACCUCGUCAAGAACUGCCUGCGGUUGAUUCAUUUUCAUAUGCUGAAAAAACUGUGGAUAUUGGUUCGCCAGUCACAGAAACUGCACUGGGGUCAAAUGAAAAGAUCGUGUCAGUUGAAAGAGCGGAGACUGCACCAUCGACUACUGAAGAAGAUCCGUCAUUGACACAACGUCUGUUGUCUAGACUUGGAUUGGGUCACUUCCACUCUGGCCGAUCCAAAAAAUAAAUCAAGUGUCAUUAUGUAUC